AUGUCGGGGGAAAAGAAGGAUAAUGGCUUCAACUCCUUAGGCUCGCCUCUGGGCUCAAACUCGCAAUCUCAAGCGAACGGGAACAGGAUCACGGCACUCGCUGCGCCUGCUGCAUCCACUGGGGCUAACAGACCUAUCAAAAAGAUCAAAGACCCUAAUAUGACAGAUGGGCGGCUGCUAGUUAAUCGAAGAUGCAUCUAUGAGCGCAAACUGCCCGGUAACGCCUAUGUCACUGCACAUGCAGAACGUUUACAACAUGGCUUCUUCAGCAGCAAGAACACAUCCGACCCGGAAAUCGCGCACGUGGACUUUCUCGCUGUCAAUUUUGUAAUGCAUCCGGGUGACUCAGGCAAGCACCGCUUCAAAUCUGCAACGAUCAAAGCGACCGUUCAAAACUUUCCUAUGGGCCCCAGUACCGAGAAUCCAUACCCAUAUCCUCAGGAGAACCCCAAGUUCUUGAUGCAUGCACCCCAUCUAAUCUAUGGAGCCGUUUCCCCCGAAACCUUGCAGUGGACCUUCAGCUUGGCCGGGUCGCUCGGCAUAUCCGAAACCCCAAUUUCGGCAUCCGUAAAUCCGGCAGGCACGAGAAGCGCAUCAUAUAAAGUCUACGAAAUGUUGAAGAUCCAAGGGUCAUGUAGGACUUUUAGAAGUCCCGACGGUCCAGAGUUUGACGUUGAAGACGGUGAAGUUGUCUGGUCACUCAGCGAGAAUAGUCUGCAAAGAUCUGGAUUGCCCAGGGAGUUCACCUUCGUGAUGUUGGUUCAGAAACCAAGCGCCCAUAACAAGAUCAUGUUCAAAAUCGAUAUUGAUCCGGUCAUUGAUGCAUGGUAUGGGAAAUAUCCUGCGUGGUGGAUUAACAGGCCGAGCUACCAACCGUUACAUAAACGGGCAAUAAAUUUUCGAGCCGAGUUCGGUCAGAAAUUUGUCCCUGUCGACUCGGAGAAAGGCUUCAAUUUUGCUACUUUGGCACAAUCACUAGACGACUAUGUGAACAUGCCUGGUAGUACUUACUCAUCGAACGUAUCACCUGACGGUGUUUAUAACGAUCCUAACGGCGCGGCCAUCUCGAAUCCACCUCGAUCAUCAAGACCUCCUGGCGGCAAUGCCAGCGACAAUGAUUCUCAACCAAUCUAUAUCCCUGAAUACCCCCAAUACCCAGGAGACCGCAGAUACCAAUAUCCCACGUCCCAGCCGACCUACUGUCCUCCGUUCCCGGCAAAUGCAGGGCAGGUGUGGGAAACAAACUCACCAUUCCGACGCGGAUGGCCACGAGAUGCAUCUUACUAUGGAGAACCUAAUGGCAACCGUGAAAGUACUAUCAACGUGAGGAUUCUCCUGGAUAAUGCCGUUACUUCGCACAUUGCAGCUGCCACUCUGGGAACACCAAUACGACGGCUUGAUUCGCCGACAAUGUACGAAAUCAACGACACACCACCCCCUAACAGCAUUCGAGACCCUGCCGUUGUUAAAGUACAGACUUUAGACACUCCAUCCAAGUCGACAGUCUACGAAGGACAUGUGAAUGGAGCCAAACAAUAUACUCCACUCACAAAUGGCGUUCCGAGCACCACACCUCCUUCAAGCGGGAUACAGCGCAUGCGCAAUGGCUUGGCCGCCGGCUCCCUUCGGAGAAGAUCUACUUCAUAUGCUCAGAAUGGAUAUCAGAAUCAGCAGAACCGAUACUCUUAUCCUAUUGCAUCAACAGACGAUGAGCCGGAAAUGUUUUAAUCGUUUCAAGAAUAAUGCGCCAUGUAUUUGCUUCUCUAACCAAUCUCUUACUGCUUUUACGCAUUUUAGCUCUAUAAUAGAAGUCAUUUUUGAUUAUGCAUUUACUUGGAGUUGAUGGCAUCCAUUUUGAUUCCGCAUACGCCCCUCUUCAUCUCAUUCUUGCUCUUCGUCUUGACUUCGGCGUCUCAAGCGGGUUGUAUA